CACAACGUCAAUUAACACACAAAUCCACCCGUACGUGAAGGGAGGGGUUGAUGCUCGGGAACAGGCUCGUGUUUCUAGAUUAAUGGUUUUACAAAUCGGUCUCCGUGUAGAGCAUAAUCGUUGAGGAUCAUGUUUAACACACAACAGUCGACAUUAAUGCAUUAAAUGCUGUCUAACCUGUCAAGAACCGUGCUUGCAUUCGAGAAGACAUAGCCUUUCCCUUUAACGCCUCCCAUUGAAUAUUGUCUAGGUCCGUUGUCGCCAUCUUCUGCCAGUUCUGUUACCGAGCUCACCGGAGCAUCGCAUCAGACCGCCGGUGGGCGAGUCCGGGUGUGUCUGUCUGCCUGCAAAGAGAAAGAGCCUUCACGAAAACACGCAAAAUAACACCGAGAGGAGAGGGAAAUAAAAUGCCAGGAAACCGAAAGCUGUCGCAUCUUCAUCUCUAGACACUUGUUGUGUUUUUUUUUUUUUUUUUUUGCUUUUGAAGGAGGAGGGCUGAAGCAUGAAGAAACACCACAGCCCCGCGAAGGCACCACUGGAAGUCACCGUUACAGACACCGAGGCGACUGUACAACAACUCAACAAGCUGCUGUCGGACGGCAGCGGUUUCUACAGCCUCCCUGCACAACAUUUCAACGAGGUCUUUCCCAGGAUUUACAUCGGCAAUGCGUUUGUGGCCCAGAAUGUGAUGCGUCUGCAGCGACUGGGUGUGACACACAUACUGAAUGUCGCAGAGGGAAACUCUUUCAUGCACGUGAAUACCAACGCAGAGUUCUACGCAGGAACUGGGAUCACGUACCAUGGCAUACAGGCCAAUGACACUGAGCAGUUCAACAUCAGUGCCUUCUUUGAGGAAGCAGCAGACUUCAUAGACAAGGCACUGGCACAUGGGAAAGGAAAGGUGUACGUUCACUGCCGUGAGGGCUACAGCCGCUCGCCCACUAUUGUCAUCGCUUACCUCAUGCUCCGUCACAAGAUGGAUGUACGAGUUGCCACUGCUACAGUAAGACACAAGCGAGAGAUCGGCCCAAAUGGUGGAUUCCUGUGCCAGCUAUGCCAACUCAAUGAAAAGCUGGCAAAGGAGGGCAAGUUGAAGACCAAAUGAUCUAGAGAAUGUGCUCUACCCCCACACAUACUCACAAAUGCAUUAUGCACAUCAUCAAACUAGCGUGCACAGUAUUUCCCUUCCACGUAUAUAAACAGAAUGUAUGCAUACAGUACAUCCCGAGCAUAUGCAUGGAGGUAUACAAAGUGUAUUCCGACACACACUUAAUCACAUACACACUCACACGAGGUGUUGUCAGUGUCCUGAAUAAUUACUCCUGCUUCCAGCUGGCUGGUAAAGGGAAAUUUACUGGCAUAUCUGAAUAAUUAAGGCUGUAGAAGGAGCAAGGGCAGCGUUUUCUAUGUCAUCAAAAGUAUUUUGCUUUUGCAUCAUUUCCCAUGACAAUUGGAGUUUGUUUUUUCCAUCAGGUGCACCUAAAGCAUUCCAGUAGCCAACUGUUUGUACAGUAUAUCUCACAAAUUCCACUUUUGGAGCAUAUUGGCCCAAUCGUCAUGUGUAAGGAUUGUAAAAUAGAGCACAAUCGUACUAUGCUCCUGUUUGCCAGAAAUACUACAAUUGUUUCUUUCUAUUUGUACCUGGAGGAUAGUUAUAUUUAGGUAUAAAAAUACAAAGCUAUACCUUUUAACCAAUUCACAGACAGCCAGACUUUUCGAUGGCUUUCCAGCAUUUUAAAUCAGGACUAAACAUGAGGACAAAACUGUUGUGUACCAGCACGCAACCCAUUCACUCACGUGACACUAGAUAAAUUAACAUUCCGCUAUGUACCGAACGGUAGCAAACAAUCAACACAAUAUAUCCACAACUAGGCAACCGCAUGUUGUAGCUCGGAUUCACUAGAUGCUACAAACAGGUUCAACCCGGUUCUAUGCAGCAGUGAUAAUGCAUCAGCCCCAUUAGAUGUCUAUACUCUGGAACCACUGUCUCUCACUGCCAAAUGUCAUACCACAGUUUGUCCACCACAAGAUCACAGUCAGCCUUGACCAGAAAGACUCAUCUGAUAGAUGCCAUGCUAACUGCCUAAUGAUGUGCCCUUACACAAGGUUUGUUACCCUGAGGCCCCUUCAUAAAACUGCUGGUUCUGAGACCGCAGGAUGGAGUGCAAAAAUGUGUAAGUAGAGCAUAGAUCGGAUAGUGAAUUAGAUGAGGUUUACUUCGGGUUCAGCUUUGUCCUUAAAACAGCAUCACUUUAGCACUGGAAUUAACUCAUUUUGCUGCACUGCUGGCUUGUUUCAGGUUUUAAAGGGGUCAUAUUGUACAUAUUUUUAUCAUUUAAUUAUUUCCCCUGAGGUCCACUUGUAACGUUGAUCCAAUUAAACAGGUCAUUUUUUUGCUGCUGUGCCUUUAAGACUUCUUGUCUUUGCAUGUGGAAUUAGUUCGAUUGAUGAGUUACUCAGCUUGUGCUGUUCAUCAUUUAAUAGCAGCACUUUUGUGGCAGGUACAUAAAAUGUUCAGAUCAAACUGAAACACAGACAGCAGCUUUUGUCCCACAUUUUACACUUAUUGUUAGUUAUUCUAGUGUUUAGGUAUGACAUAAUCUAUACUACGUUCUCUUUUAAACUUCUUUUGGGACCAGUUUGGCCACAUUGAAAUGUAAGGGUAUACUUACCCAACACUGUUUUCAAAUAAAUAUUUUAAUUAUUUUUAAUGUGUUUUGGCCAUUAUGAGAAAAUGGUAGUAUUAGAGUGCAAUUUAAAAACAACAGAAACAUGUUCAGUCUAUAGACAUGCUCCCAACACAACCAAAACAACACUCAUGGCCUACAGGACUGUUCAAGAUACUACUGACAUCGCCAAAUACUGGUAUCCAUGCUAAUAGGGAUCAUUUCGAAAUCAUUGCUAUCUGUAUAUGAAAGCUUUUUUCCCUUUAUAGUAUAUUGUUGUUAUGUAAACAUGCCAUAAAUGUGGGUGCUCAAAGUGUUUUUAGCACUAAUACAAUUCAGAAAGAGACAUUUAGUAGCUUAACUUCCGUAAAUAGACUUUUUGGACCGUAGACGAAAUGUAGAUUUCUUAAAGUUAACCCCCAAAAUCAGAUCUCUCAGAAUAUGACCCUUUUAAAGGAAAACCAGCAGCAUUUCUUUCGGAAUAAGUGCAUGCGACAGUUUUUCAGAACACGUAGCUUUUUGAAUAAUCUAAUUUCUCUCGUCAGAUUUGAUUGAUCUAAUCUUACUAGCCCCUGGGCCUCUGGAUAUUUAUUACUGAGGGAAUAUAUAUAGUACGUAGGCUAGUUUAUAACACAAAGCACUACUUAUGCCUCUUUUUUAUAAUUCUAUAUUCCAGAUAUAUAUACUUGUAUGUACAUAUUUAAAUGUUGACAUAUAUGAAUGUAUAUGAACUGUCCAUAAUAUUUGUGUAUGACCAGUAUCUAUUAACAAUCGAAAUAGCUAUCACGUUGUAUUCACUCAUUUUGAAAUGCCAAGAAUGGCACAUUUACCCAAAGACCACUUUUGUUUCACACACACUCACCUGUAUUUCUUUUCACUGUGAAGUAGAGAGGCGUAUCUUCCUAGUUUCUUCAUGGUUUCAGAGGUUCAAAGUCUGUUUUCACAGCUAACACUGUUUGCAGACUACCUCACAAUACCGUAGCUAAUUAUCAAAUUCAUAAUCAUUUCAUCUUUAGGUUUUUCAAACGUGCGUAAGGAUAUUUAAAAUUGACAAAACCUAUAUGUAUGAAAAUGUUCAAACUAUAAACAUUCCUUUAUUAUAAUCUGGAGACCUAGGCUUUAUACAACCUAACCAACUGUAGCUAUGGAAACCUGUGUGCCGUCACAAAAACGAAAACCAAUGAGGAUGGUCUGUGCCACUGGCAACAAGUAUGGACUGGAAUCUGCCUGUGCUUUUCAGAGUUUUUAAUCGCAACUUUUAACCUCAAAAGCAACAACGCAUUUUGAAUAAGCAUAUUUGGAAACUGCGACGUGUUUUGCUGGAUUUAAUAUGCUUCAGAUGAAGACAAACACACCCUUUUCUGAAAGAAGGAGAAACACUGCCAUCUGCUGUUGAUAACCCGUGUGGUUUGCACAAACUGUCCUGCUAUGUAUUGCCUUUUAUUCAUACAGUAUGUAUCCGAUUGUAUGUAACACGGUGUAUAGAAACUGUAAACAGUGUAAUUAUAUACAGGGACGAUUAUAUGAAAAUGGUUGUACCACUUUAUGGCUUAAUGAUGUCAAUAGUAUUUAACAAUGAAUCACAAUGCUGCUUGGU